AUGUCGUUUAAAUUUCCGACAUUUGACUUGAAGUCAAUUCAAGAAUCAUUACCGUCGGUAGAUCAAAUACGUGAGAGUUUUGCUAAAGUUGAUCCUUCUAAAACUGUUGAACAGUUUGGUAAAUCAAUUCAACCAUUUGCUACUAAAACUCAGGAAUUAAUAAGUGAACAAUUGAAACAAGUACAGCAGUUAGCUUCGAAUUCUCAAGAUCCAAACAUCGAAGUUAGCGAAUUGCCAAAGGAUUACCUACAAUUAGAGGUCAACUGUGACUUACUUUUAAAGUUAUAUACGAGUUUGAUACAAACCACUAAUGCUACAUAUGGGCAAGUAAGCUAUGAUUACCCUCCAAGCAACUCGACAAUCAACAAAAUAAAAGAAGUUCAUGUUGGGAAUAUAAUUGGCGCCAAAUUCAACCAGUUGAAAAACGUCUCGUCACCACAAGAGUUGGAAAAGGUAUUAUUAGGACAAGCAACAACAAGUUCCAAAGCACAACAAGAACAGCAACAAGAAAAAGCACAACAACAACAACAACAACAACAACAACAACAACAAGAUGAACAAGACGAACAAGAAAAAAAAGAAGAAGGUUCAAACUAUGGAUCAACUAAAGACAAUGUCGAAAUUUUUCCAACUUCACCGUUAUUACCAAAGACUCUAUUUGGUCAUUUAAGUGAAUUGUUAGUCAAGCAAAGCGAAGAAUUGAAAAAGGAAAGCUCUGAACUGAACUCGCUAUCAUUUGCGCUUUUACAGAUUUCAUCGUCAUAUCACGAAAUUGCAGUAGCAAGGUUGAUCCAAGAUGACAAGAUUAUUCAAAAUUUGAAUCAUCAACUAGUUGAUAUUUUGAAUCAGCAGUUUAUCAAAGUUAAUGAGUUACGUAAGAAAGUCUAUUUGACAAGAAGUCAAUUUGACCAAUUGAGACAUAAACACGAAACACAAGACCCAGAAAAUGAGGAAUUGAUUGCUAAAGAAGAUGAGUUGGUUAGCGCUACUGAACUAGCAGUAAUUGAAAUGAAAAAGAUUUUGAAACCUUCAAAAAAUAUCGAUUUGUUGAAAAUCCUUGUACAAGCGCAAAAAGAAUACUUUGAAGUUGGCGCUAAAAAGUUGGGUGAGUUGUUAACUAGCUUGGAGAAGGCUUCCACUGAAGGAGAGGAUGAUGAAGAGUAA